CCAGUAAAGGGGGACAGUGGAAGGGUGUGUUUGCAAUUCAAAUCCUUGGCUUUCUGCCUGCAUCUUUUCCAAAUAAGAAGGCAGGAGCUGCUGUGAGGUGCAAAGGGGUCUUCAGAAUUGCAGUGGUAAUAAGAUCCAGAGAUCCUCCCUCCUGUCUCUUUUAUCUGUCUUCAAAGCAAAAGGAAAGGGCAAGGAUGGUGGAGGCUUUCUGUGCCACCUGGAAGCUGACGGACAGCCAGAACUUUGAUGAGUACAUGAAGGCGCUAGGUGUGGGCUUUGCCACUAGGCAGGUGGGAAAUGUGACUAAACCAACAGUGAUCGUCAGUCAGGAGGGGGACAAAGUGGUGAUCAGGACACAAAGCACAUUCAAAAACACAGAGAUUAGUUUCCAUCUGGGAGAAGAGUUUGAUGAAACCACUGCAGAUGACAGAAACUGUAAGUCUGUUGUUAGCCUGGAUGGAGACAAACUUGUUCAUGUACAGAAAUGGGAUGGCAAAGAAACAAAUUUCGUAAGAGAAAUUAAGGAUGGCAAAAUGGUUAUGACUCUCACUUUUGGUGAUGUGGUUGCUGUUCGCCACUAUGAGAAGGCAUAGAAAGGUUCCUGAUCUGGGGUUCGAAAAGCUCUACAAUUUUUCUAUUUACUCAAGUCUCAGUGUUAUCCUGCUAUUACAGCAUGGGUGAUCACGAAUUAAAAGGUUAUCUUUGUUGUGGAGGUGGAAAAUGGUGCUUUAAAAACUUGUUUUAAAACUUUUUACUGCAAAUAGCCCAAUUUUGAUCUGCAGAUUUAUCAUGUUUUAUAAUUCACAUUAAGAUGUUAAGUCACAUUUUUAAAAUAAAGAAGUAAAUGCAUUUUAUAAUUUCCAUUGAAAAGUAAAUCAGAUUCAAAUAAAAAUUGUAUACCCAUGAGAAA